UGGUCAGUCAAGGAUACACCCUGAAAGCUUGGGGGCACCUUGUCCCUUUCUCGUUGCUCUGUCGGGCGAUCUCCUCUCUCUGUGAGCGAGGGAGUGAGUGAGUGAGUGAGUGAGUGAGCGCGCUCUGCUGUUGCUGCCCUUUGAUCCCUGCAUUAGUGUUAGUUAGGGGCUCGGAGACACACACUUACAGAGAGCAGCCAUAGUCAAGACACGGCAACAACAACAGCACCUCCUCCUCUACUCUUCCCUGUUCCCAACAAUACACUUAACCGAGGACAGCCAGGUGCACGACAAGUCCCUGCCAUCAGGCUCCCUCGCAAAAUUUCAAUGGGAAAAGACCUUUUUUCUUCUUAUCCCUAAACAAGAAGGAGAAUGUGAUAAAAGGGGGAAAAUGCCAAGGAGGAAACAGGAGCAACCCAAGCGCCUGCCUUCACAUGUGGACACGGUAGAGGAUGGAGGGCCAGAGGGUGGCUCAGUAGAGGAGGACAGCUGGUUUGGGAAUACCUCAGACAGCCCCUCUGAAUCGUCCUACGGUGAUGUGCAAGAUGAGCUGCGGGUUUCCCCGGACAAUGCUCCCCGACCGGACCACGACACCUCAGCCGAGAGCUCCCUGGGCUGCCCGACGCCAGUUCAGCGGGCUUCCCUGGAGCUGCUGGGGCUGGACAGUGUGAUCCUCUCGACCCAGGACAUGCUUUCCUCGGAGGUGUCCUCUCUUUACGGAGACUCCAGCCAGGCCCUGGGCAAGCCCCUCAGCAGCAACCUGCGGCGUCUCCUGGAGGCUGGCUCACUGAAGCUGGAGGGAGGCGACCUGAGUGGGCGUGGAAUGGGAAGAGGACCAGAGUCGCCCCCGGUCAGCUUGGUACUAUCUCCAUCUUCACAUCAUGCACAGCAGCUGAGUGCCCUGGCGAGGAGGUUGGCUAACAGCAGCAGCAACAACAGUGGCAACUCGAACUCUGCAUCACCUGCGUCUGUAGCAACUGUCAAGCAGGAGCCCUGUGACCCAUAUGGCCCCAGCAAUGGCCCUAACUCAGGCAGCAGUGGCUUCGUAUGGGUAGGUGUUGCAGAUAAAUGGCCGUCGACUAGUUGCUCAGCACCCAGUGGCAGCAGCCUAUCACCAGACUCAGCUAUCCAGAAGUUAAAGGCAGCCGCCAACGCCGUGCUCCAAGACAAGAGCGCAGUGGCCUCCUCCACCUCGGCGUCUUCAUCCUCCUCUUCCUCCUCAUCAUCCUCUUCAGUCACCUCCUCCUCAAUGGCAGCCCUGGGCACUCGCUCUGAUGACGCAGUGCGCUUUGAACCGUUCGCUUCACCCUUCAGUCCGCAGUCAGCCAGCUCCACGCUUGCUGCCCUCUCAAAGAAAGUGUCUGAAAGAAGUCAGCAGCAGGUGGGCUCAUCUGAGCAUCAACCCUCAGCUGGCUCCUUUCUCUCUCUGGUUUCCAUGACCUCCUCAGCAGCUCUGCUAAAGGAGGUGGCCGCACGAGCAGCAGGGAACCUUCUAGCUGAUAAGAAAGAGCCGGCAUUAGUACUGGGAGCCUCCGAAGAUGUCAAGCCCCUGUUAGACAGGAACCAGAAGGUGCCCACCCCAACCCAGGCCAUGGAUCUUCUGCUGCCAACAAUCCCCAAGGGAAGGGCCAAGUCCAGCAGUCAAGCAGGUUCUCCUGAGGAUGGAGGGAAGCCCUUUCAGUGCCCGGUGUGCGGUCUCGUCAUCAAGAGAAAGAGCUACUGGAAGAGACAUAUGGUGAUCCACACAGGCUUAAAAAGUCACCAGUGUCCCCUCUGUCCCUUUCGCUGUGCUCGUAAAGACAAUCUCAAGUCCCACAUGAAGGUCCAUCAGCACCAAGACCGAGGGGAGACUUUCCAGUGUGAGCUCUGCCCCUUCACAUCCUCCCGCCACUUUAGCCUCAAGCUGCACAUGCGUUGCCAUCAGCACUUCCCCCAUCCCGACCUCAAAGUCAAAGAAGAACCCGGCACAGACACAGAGGAGGGUGAGGGCUUGCUCAUGGGGGACGGUGGAGACGCUGGUGAUCAGGUCAUGAACACAGAUGCUUCCACAUCUCCCACUGUGAGCCAACCUGAUGGUCGUUUGCUGGCCUCCCCUGCAGAACCCUCGAACCACGUCCAGAUCAAGGAGGAACCCCAGGAGAGGGAUGUGUCUGUGAUGUCUCCCUUUGCCCUGUGUAGGGAGCGACCCAGCAGCAGCAGCAGCUCUCUGGAUCUGCCUGGGCUCAAAUCCAGUCCACCGGGGCCUGGACCUACAGCUGCCUCGCUCUUCAGCCCAGAUAUCACCACCAAGACGGCUACGGACCUCCUUAUAAAGCUUUCAGCAGCGAACCAGAAGGAGGCCCUAAAGGGUCCAUUCUGGGUCAAAGAGGAGCCCCAGGCGGAAGAGCCCCUCAGCUCUCAGAGGGGACCAAGCUAUAGCUUCUGCCAAGAAGGACCUCCAGGGUCCACCAAGCCACGAGAGGAGGGGAGCCCGAUGUUGGGCAAGAGCAGCCUACUUAGCCAGGACAUCAACGUCAAAGUGGCCUCUGAACUGCUUAUGAAGCUCUCAGAGAAUAACAAAGAAGCUUGCCACCAGAAUGUCAUAGUGAAGGCGGAGCCUAUGGAAGUGGACCCUCCCCUAGAAUUGGCCCCACCCUCCUCUCAUCGACUGGGCUUCAGCACUUCAGGGGCAUGUGAGAAGAAGGAACCAAUGGUCAACCUCCCAGAUCCUUUGCCCCGCCCCCAAAAUGACCUCUUCUCCCAGGACAUAUCAGUCAAAAUGGCCUCUGAGCUGCUUUACAAACUGUCUGAAAAAGUAAGUAAAGCUAACGAAAACAAAGACAAUGCAUCCUUCGGUAUACACAGCCCUUUCCUAGACGACCGCUUUAGACAAUCACCUUUCAGCACACGCUCCAAGAGCUCUUCCCCAGCUGAAGCUGGAUCUUCAAGCAGGGUUACCCAGCAAGAUCCAGAGAAGGUGAGUAGUGAGCCAGGAAAUGGACUCGCCCAAUGGAGACUCAACGAACAGCUCUUUCCCUGCCCUAUAUGUGGCAAAGUAUUUGGUCGCCAACAGACUCUCUCCAGGCAUCUCUCCCUACACACAGAAGAGAGGAAGUAUAAGUGUCAUUUGUGUCCGUACGCGGCUAAGUGCCGAGCCAACCUCAACCAGCACCUCACCAUCCACUCAGUCAAACUGGUGAACACAGAUGCCGAGCAGAUUGUUACCGCUGUUACCAGUGAAGGCCAAGAGCUCAAAAACUGCCCCUACUACUACAGCUGCCACGUCUGCGGCUUCCAGACAGAAUUUAAUGUUCAGUUUGUCAGACAUAUGUCUCUUCAUGUAGACAAAGAGCAGUGGAUGUUCUCUCUCUGCUGUAGCACCUGUGAGUAUGUGGGUGUGGACGAGGCUGAGAUGAAAGCUCACAUCAGUGCAGGGCACACAGGUUUCAAUUCCAGAAGCCCUCUCAGUGAGACCAAGAGCACUUCCUCCUCUCUCUCAGCCCUCAGCGACUCCCUCAACAGCUCUGAAGGUGGAGAUGUUGCCCAAGGUAACGAAGAACUAAAAAGCCUUUUGGGCCCGCCUUCUUCUGCGGGCAGUCAAUCAAUCUCAGGCCCAGGAACAGAGGAAAAAGCAGAGAAAGGCUUUGAAUGCGUCUUCUGCAACUUUGUGUGUAAAACACAACCUAUGUACGAGCGGCACCUACAGAUCCACCUGAUCACACGCAUGUUCGAGUGCGACGUCUGCCACAAGUUCAUGAAGACUCCCGAGCAGCUCCUGGAGCACAAGAAGUGCCACACCGUCCCCGCUGGAGGGCUCAAGUGCCCUCUAUGCAUCUACUCCACCAACAGGCCAGCCGCCAUGGAGGGCCACCUGAAGAUGCACUACAAGAUGGAGUAUCGCUGCCGCAUCUGCCAAGCCGUGUGGGCCAAUCAGGCAGAGCUGGAAAGGCACACGCGUGCUCACCGCCUGGGCAACCACUACAAGUGCGAGCAAUGCGGCUACCUCUCCAAAACAGCCAACAAGCUCAUCGAGCACAUGCGCGUGCACACCGGCGAGCGGCCUUUCCACUGCGACCGCUGCAGCUACAGCUGCAAACGCAAGGACAAUCUCAAUCUCCACAAGCGGCUCAAGCACGCACCGAGACAGACCUUCGGUUGCGCCCAGUGCCCAUUCACCACCACUCACCCGUUCGUCUACAGCCGCCACAUUAAAAAGCACCAAGGCGGGGAGGGGAGCGCCGAGGAAGGUGAGGCUUGGCCAGGUACGCCACGUCCAGGCCUUUUGGAUCGAGGAGGGAACAGCAGUGAUAGCGGGAGCACCAGUCCGCUCAUGAACCUGUCCGCCUCUCAAGCCUUGCAGUCCGUCGCCCUGUCAAUCACCAGCAAGCGGCAAGACGGCACCCCUACCACGCGCUACCUCUCGGCCAACGGCACGUUCUCCACACUGGCGACCCGCUACUUGGAACAGUACAGGAACUGUGACCUGGCUCACCUCAUCCCCCUCACCACGCUCUUUACGGCCCGCCGCUUCACAUUCCACAGCCCCUCACCCUCAAACUCCUUUCUGCCCUUCUCGGCAUUCUGGUCCAACUCGUCCUCGCAGUCGCCGCCCUCUCCCACGUCAUUCAAACACUCCUUCCUGGCAUACCUGGGAUUGACAGAGAGAGCUAAGACCAUUUGACUAUCCUCGUCCUUUCUUCUUCUCCUUCACCCGCCGUUGCCCUGUAUCAUCAGCCACCGAAGCCACUAACUGUUCCACAGGCAGACUAAAAUACUGCCCUAAAGAGUAGUAAU